UUCAAGACGAAGCGACCAUUGCAAGACGAGAUUCAAGAAAGGGCAAGAGUGUGGAUGGUAGGACCACCCAAUCUACCGGUACCACUCUAGCUAGUAGUAUAAUAGUAGAGCUAGGCAGGCAAUAGCCCAAGAGUAGCUAGCUGGAUGUUGUGUGUGUAUUGAUGAUCUGCAACAAGCAGCAGGAGGGAGUUUGGAACUCGAACGUCGUGCUGCGAAAGAAAAGAAACAAAGAAAGAAACCCAAUAGCCCACAUCGAUACAUCGACAUUGUCAAGAUGCACCAUGGUAUGGACGACUCUGACUUUUCGGCCGGCCUGAACGAUGCGUUUUUCAUCAUGAACAACAAUUCGCAAAGCACCAUGGAUCCCAGUGAGAACAGUACGUUGGAAGGAAGUGCCUUUAGUGUCUAUUCCAUGAGCAUGAGCAACAAUACGAACAACAACAACAACAACAACGAUCCACAGACGCGAGACUUUUCCCGUCAUUCCAUGGCACUGUCGUCGACCACGGAUGGAGCCACCACGGUCAGCAGUCUGUCGGAUGGGACACCCUUAAGGGCCAGAAGAGCGCUGCAGUUUCCCGAGCUGCAACAAUCGAGUGACGACAACAUAUCGUUGUCAGGACGACACUUGAGAGAGCAAAAACAACGGCGUCUCAGUGCCACUGCCAAACGACGACGAAGAAGACCCGGUGGUCCACCGUUGCCCAGCAUGGGGACGACGACGGGGACGACGGGAAUGACCAGUUGUGAAGAAAACAGUGCCGAGGAAGAAAGCGAUUGCUCAGAUCAAAAUAAUGACAAUGACGAUGAUGAUGAUGACGAAAACGACAUUCCUCCACUCGAACGACAACACACGGACAAUAGCAUUCUGCAGCAAGAAGAAGAAGAAGAAGACAUGGGAUCCAUUCUAGAAAACGGUAGUGGCAUGACACGCAUCGCCCCUCCGUCUCCAAAACCACAAAUCAAACGACAUCAUCAUCAUCAUCAUCGACAACAAUACCCAUCCGUUCCCCCCAUUGGCUUUGUUCCAGCCGACUUUUUGACCCAUGCAGACAGCCAGGAAAACAACAAUAAUGCCAGAAUACCACAGCAUGCUACGACAGCAACAAACACAAAUCCCACCAGUUUGGCCAGUCUAGUAGAAAAAGACAAGCGCCCCAAUACUGUUGAGAAUGCUAAGGAUGAUGACAACAAGUCAGUAGUCUCGGUCUCGGCCAAAAACUUGCAAAAACGCAAACAACGACGCCAACAAUCCUUCAAGAAACGACCGUCGCAAAUGUCGGCCUAUCAACAAUUGCAAAUGCAACAAAAGGAAUUGAAAGCAAGACAAGAUUCCAUACCAGACUUUAUUGUACCACCACCACAACAACAAAACACUAGAAUAUCCGCCUUGUUGAACCAUCAUCAAAAUGGAAACAACAAUAACAACAAUAGUGCCCGAAGAAGACCUUCGUACAUGGAGGAUGUCUCAUCCUUGGCCAACUCUACGAUUGCCACCCGCGAAGAAGACGAUGAUGAUUCCGAACUCGUCCUUAGUCCCAUUGCACCCACUGCAGCGGCCACAUGGAGUCGGCUCAAGGCCAAUCAGCAACCCAACAAAAUACCGCAACGAAAAUCUUCCAUGAAUAUGACUGCGGCCAAGGACGCAUUCUCUGUAGUGUCCGAGGAAGAUGAUGAUGACGACGAUGACGAUGACGAUGAUGAGAGCUUAUUGAGUCCACUCAAAGUGACAUUGCCACAGGAAAAGAUUCAAGAAGCGCUGCACAAAUUACACAUGUCGCAACCAAACUUGGUAUUGCCACUGACAGGCGAUGACGAUGAUGAUGAUGACAAUAAUAAUACGAAUGCAAAAGAAGAGGAAUACAGACUCAAACUGAGACAACGGAGUGGUACUACGACAACAUCCCGACGAAACAUGUUUCAAAAAGCCAAAUCCGUCUCGCACUUGGGUUUGGAGCGAAAACUACAGGCACUGCCGGCCAAAGGGGAUGACGACGAUGAUGACUACGACUUUUUGGCAUGGAAAGCACCAUCUCCAACACCAACAAAAGAACCACAACAACGACAGCAACAACAAUCUGACAAGCAGGAGCAGUUGACAAGCAAGAUUGUAGAUGAUUUUGGUCCCACCGUGAGACGACGGAAUAGCACAUCGGCACGACAACCAGGGAAUACACGGUCGUUAUCACCUCUGCGAAAUCGAUGGAUCUCGGGAUGUAAGGACGGUCUCAUUGAAGAGGACGAAGCCAACGUUUUGGAGGAAAACCAAGAACAACAGAAUCAUGACAGCAUGACAGGGUGGCAGCUGGCGACUUCGGAGGACGCAAAAAUCCUCACGUUCCAUAGAGCAUCGCCUCCGCCCACCACCCCCAACCGGAAAGCCAAUUCUCCUCGACCACCCGCCAGCAAACCAAAACCAAAAUUGGCCAAGUGUAAUUCCACUCCCAACUUGUUUGCCAAUGAUGAUUCACCGGCUGUAAACAACAACAAUUCGGUUCCACCGCUACCCGCCGAAAAGAUUGAAUCCAUCGUGUCGUUUUUGCUGGGGGAAGGAUUGGCUCCUGCCGCAGCGACAACGGAAGACACGAAGAUUGCUCCCACAUUGUCAUCUGAAGACAAGGGUGAAAUGGAAGGUCACGAUCAUGACGAGGAAGAAGAAAAAGAUCCGCUUAUUAAGCAUGCUUCUGACGGGGAAUCGUCGACACAAGACACCCCCAGUACCGACAAUUCACAAGCAUUGGAUAUGUUAUUCCGUUUCGAUGAUAAUGGGAAUUCUAGGUCCAUUGCUAGUUCUUGGGCCGAAGAUCCAAAACAGGAGGAUGCCGCAAACCAACAGAGCUCCUUUUCGUCGGCAGCCAUGCCAGGACUAGCAACGUAUGAGCAGUUUAACCAAUCAGAUGACGAAAAAGUGUCUCCCAGCUUGAUCAAGAAAAUAAGAAAAAGCGUAAAGAAUGUGGGACAAGCAGGCACGAGGUACCUUCGAAAGAAGAAAGCUCAUUCCUUGAUCAUGACCGCUGCGAAAGACGAAAUGGCCAGACUGAGUCAAUCAAUGACCUCUUUUGAGUUCGGGACGAGCAACCAUUCUUCUUCGGGGUUUAUCAUGGAAAAGGUGGAGGAACAGUCCAGCGAAGACGAUGAAAGAACACCUGCUGCAAAAUCGGCAGACGCUAGAAAAGAAACUUCAGAGGCGUCGUCCAAGGCACCAAAGCAACGGAAUCCAGGUGGUAAGCGAGAGAGCUUCAAGUUGCCCAAGAAGCUUCGUGGCAAGCGAUUGCCUUUUAUGAGGUCGUCCUCGGUACCCGUUCUUGAGGCAGACGAUGGGCCUUCAGACACUUUUCCGGCAGGAACGGGUGUCGCUGUAGCCUUGGAUCAGACGGUGCCAGAAAGCCAGGCAUUGGACAACAGCGAGAACGACAAACGCCCAACAACAAUGACUCAGCCAAUUUCACCACCCAAAGACUCAUCAUCACGAGGAUCGGUUUCUCUCGUCUCCGACGCGUUGGCUUCGCCUGUGGGGACUGUCCGGCGCAAAACAAAGCUUUCAAAGUCUUCGUCGUCCAGUCGUCUUCCAGGAAUCACACACACUCACUCCUCCCCGGUAACAGAUUCUCCGAUCCCCAGACGGAUGGGUAAGGACACGCAACGAAGGUCGGCGAAAGGACCGUCCCUGACAAGUUCUGAAGCCACGGACCAGUCAUCCGCUGUCUCGCCUGCAACACUAAGGACAUCAAGAGGAAGCAAACAACGACCGAAAAGGAGUAGUACGGUGCAUGAGAAACGAAGCCGCUCCAGAACGCGCCGAGACAGCAAUAAGCAACGGUCAAAGUCAGCCUCUUCACGCCCUCGCAAGGAAAAGACUCGCCGGUCUUCCAGCCGGAGCAGAAAAAAGUCGCCAUCGGGCAGCCGUCAGUCUCACCUGCAUUCGUCCCUCGAGGGAUCGUUCCAAAGUUUCUUCGAGAGUGACUCGUCGAAUCGGCAUUACACCGAUAUGCUUGCAUCGAAAUUACGAGACGAAGUUCGACGUUCAAGGCGGGAAACCAACAGUCCAAGGGCAUCGUUUCGCCGCCAUGCCUCGCUGCGCAAUGUUGAAGACCGUAGCGUUUCCACCCGAAAGAGCAUGUCUUCAGCAACACAGAAACCACGGCGGAACCUUCAAAAGGCCAAAUCCUCUCGCGAUGUGUACCCUCGACGCAACAAGUCUCGGGUCGUCGACGAAGCGUCUACUGCCUCCUCCCGUCCAUCCAAACGAGGCGGCAAAAUGAGGCUUGCCCGACAAGCCAAAUCAGAACGGUUUCUUCACAGUUCGGCUUCCAGCAUCGAGGGGCCCGAUGAGGCUACCAUCAUGCGCAAUAAGACAAAGGCAAAACGUGGCUCUACUUCUCGAGGUAGGAGUGGUUCCUACACGAGUCUACUGGCCACCCCUGUCACUCCCAGCUCCUCCAAGAAGCAAGUGUCCAACCGUCACUUGGUUCGUGAAGAAGACACCACUGACAGCGACCAGGGCAUGCAAAGCACUCCUGCUAGUUCAAGGAGAUCUGUUGCUGGUUCGCGAAGCAGUCGUCCUCCCGUAGCCUCCGGGAGGAAAAGAAUGGGGAAGAGCCAGUCGCUCAGACAUGUUCCAGAUUUGACCUGAAAUUCGGAGAUGGCUUUACAAAUUCUGUUGUCACGAAUGAACCGUAGCGUUACCACGGUAUCUACACGAACGCGCCCUCCCUGGUUUAGAGGCGAGUGGCAUUCAGAGCGAGACUGGCUGGGCGAGAGCGGAAAGGAGAGCCAAAGACAAACGACGUAUAGUUUGGCUAGCUGAGUCAAGUUCUUGCUUCGACAACGAGAGCGGCAGAGGGCAGCUUUCCAGAAUGGAACUGAGUGGUUGCAUCUUCUCGCUAGCUACAAGUACCGGUAGCAAGGUGGACAGAAGUAAUUGGACCAUGGCCUCUGAAUCAAUCUUCUGAACCCCCCCAGCUACAUCCAUGUUGAUGCCAUUGUCUUGCUGAAGAUGACUGCAGCACAAUAAAACAGUGCAUAUUUGUUUACCUCUACAUGUAGUAGCAAUUUUGUAAAUAGAAUUACAGAGUUGUAGAAUUGGUGAU